AUGGACCUUCUAACUUCCCAGGCGCUGAGUCUAGGCCCAGCAUGGAUUCCAGUAUAUCUGAUGCCGGUGGAUUUCUCCCACCAGCAUUUUGAGACAGCCAUGGCUCACUUAAUCAGAGAACCGAACAUCAAUUCGACUGUCAUACUUCGAGCAGAUGUUCUUGAAGAGACUAUCUACAAUAGUGACGGAAACGUGGAGUCUACGGCUAGUUUCUCCCCUGAUCUUCCGGAACGUGAGUCUGCAGACUCUGAAAAUUCCCAGCUAAGUCUUCUCCAUAGAGAUUUGAGCGAUAUAACAUUGCGAAAAGUAGACUUGGUUGACUCCAUCCACCUUCAACCAGACAAAUCCGUCAUUCGCAGGAUUAUUCCUCGAAAUCCCUACAAGGAUCAUAUAAUUAACCAAACAUGUCUUAUCCAUAAGGGUCCAGAAAGUGUUUUAGUGGUUUAUGUGCCUCAUAUUGAAAAGUUGGAUGAGACUCCAUUUUACCUUCCUCCAGUAUAUGCUGUGGGCAUCUUGUAUCACCAGAAUACCCUUUCGAUCCACUACGUUCCAUUCUCUGAAGACAACAAUCUUCGAAAAAUGGACUCAUCCGAAAGGCCCAUUCGGAUUGCAUUGAGACUUUUACAGACUUCUGCGAAGCAUUCGCUGGGAGUCAAGGCAGGCUACGAAAAACGGGUCAACCAUGAUUUGGUGGUGCCCAGAGUGGCAUUCCAAAACAGAUACAUUGCCUUAAAAAAGAAAUAUUCCGGUCCGUUGGUGGCCAAUUGGGUUGAAAGCACCGAUCCCAAGAAACAUGUAUUCGAAGAUUUGGCAGUGGCUGCGUUCCUCAUCGAACUAUGGCAUCUACGCUACAAGGACGACAAAAAUUUUGAAUUCCGUGAUUUGGGAUGUGGAAAUGGUCUCCUUGUGCACAUUUUAAUUCUGGAAGGCUUCAAGGGCAAGGGCAUUGAUGCAAGAGCACGUAAAUCGUGGAAAACUUACCCAACUGAGGUGCAAGAAAACCUUCUCGAACAAAUAAUCAUUCCAAGUGUUCUUCUCAAACCACACCCUGCAGUAACAAGAAUGGCACCGUAUAUCAGGGAUAAUGGGAGAUUGUUCCAAGUUGCGGAGUUUGAGUCACGGACCCCAUCUUCAGUUCCGCUAAUGAAGUACUACUCGUCCGCAAACUUGCUUGAACUGUCGAAAGUUUGCACUACAGAAGACUUUCCACCUAAUACUUUUCUCAUUGGAAAUCACCUGGACGAACUUACUUGUUGGCUUCCUCUCUUAGACUUUCCUUUCAUGGUAAUUCCAUGUUGUUCACAUGCAUUAAAUGGAGCCAAAAUCAGAUACAAUCCUCGCAAGGUGGUGAAUACCCAAACAAACACCAAGCAGGCCGCUAAUGUGUCGACUUAUGGAGCCCUAGUGGAUCAUGUGGAAGAGCUUUCCGAGAAGAUGGGCUGGGUUGUUGAAAAGGAGAUCUUGCGAAUCCCAAGCACGAGGAACGCAGCUGUGAUAGGUAUGAAGAAGAAAGAGGAGUUUGCAAAUGAGCCAGAGGAAAUGACGGAGUUGAGAGUAUUCGAUAUCCUUGCUAUGGAGGGAGGAGCAGAGGGAUGGGUGGAGAACCUGAUGUUGUUGAUGAAGAAGAGUCCUAAGAAUCAUUAG